AUGACCGUCGCACCAGCACCGCCUACCCGCGCGUUCCAGUAUCCAACCGAGGGCCGCGUGCAGCCGCUCUCACGUACCCGUCGGCCCUUCACCACGGAGGACAUUGAGCGAUUCCAGGAUAUCUGCUCCCAGCAAACCCGCAAGGAAGACUACCCGCUCGCCUCGGCGGUUGACAACAACGCCGUCAUCUACGACGCUGCCGUCCUCCGCAAAGCCAUCCUGGGUGGACAAGUGACGCGCGACGCAGCCAUGGCCGAGCUUCAAUACUGCUUGCUCCAAGGCCCGGGCGUGUACGCCAUCAAGGGCUGCUGCGACCUGGCCAUCGUCGACCGCGCAAGUGAGGCGUUUAGAGUUAUUCUCAAACGCGAAGCGGCAGAGUCUGGUCCUCGUGGCGACCAUUUCGCGCCGGCGGGCAACAACGGGCGCAUCUGGAACUCGUUCCAAAAGCACUCUGAACAAGACCCCGAGAACUUUGUGUCGUAUUACGCCAACGACCUGCUGGCCCUCGCGUCUGAGAGCUGGCUCGGACCAGGUUACCAGGUAACUGCGCAGACCAACAUUGUGAACCCGGGCGGACGCGCUCAAGAACCGCAUCGCGACUAUCACCUCGGGUUCCAGGACGAGGACACUGCAGCGCGCUUCCCGAUCGUGUCCCAGAUUGCGUCUCAGCUCCUCACCCUUCAGCUGGCUGUGGCACACACGGACAUGCCGCUCGAGUCGGGCCCCACCCAGCUCCUGCCCUUCUCCCAGCACUUUGACUAUGGCUUCCAGGCCUACCGCCACAAAGAGUUUGCCGACGUCUUCCAUGCCAACAUGGUCCAGCUGGCGCUGGACAAGGGUGACGCCCUGUUCUUCAACCCAGCCCUUUUCCACGCGGCGGGCGACAACAACACCCGUGACCUGUACCGCUCUGCAAACCUCAUCCAGGUCAGCGCUGCAUGGGGCAAGUGCAUGGAGAGCGUGGACCGCGAGAGCAUGCUCAAGCAGUUGUGGCCGUACAUGACCGCAUACGCCAAGGGCGAGAGUGCCGAGCAGAGCAACGUCGACGCUCUGUUCGCGGCUGUCGCCGACGGAUACUCGUUCCCUACCAACCUCGACAAGGACCCGCCUCCUCCCAGCGGCCACUGCCCGCCCAAUCAGCUCGACAUUGCGCGCUCGGCACUGUCAAAGAACCAGGACCAGGCUACGCUGUCAACCCUCCUUGACGAGUAUGCCCAGAAGCGCCUCCCUUGA